UCUCUCUCUCUCUCUCUCUCUCAUAACUAUCCUUUGGUUUUCUGGGAUGGUUUGAAGAAGACUUAUAUGUGAUGCUUCCUGCACAGAGUGAGGAGCUGUUUAUUGGGUGAGGCAUUCGCUAGCAGGGGCCGAUGGGUCCCGCCAUCAGAUCGCCACCGUCCUGUGUGUGCGAGGGCAGCGGUGGGCGUGAGUGGGAGACUGAAUCAAAGACCAGCAGUGUUCCCCCUGGUCGCCAUCCCGAAAUUUCAAUGUGGAUAGUAGCCUCACUCCACCCAGGAACAUGAAGGGCUUAUCAGGUGGUCGCGCGCCGCACCAUAUUCCCACACUGCCCCCGUGUGGACUGGCGGAGUGCGAGCAUCUCCAUGACCUGCACGGCAUGCAUGUGUCCGAUCUGCGCCACCACUACCUGCUCAGCCCCACGGAGACCUGCGUCAUGGACUUCCAUCACCGUCUUUCCCCGCGCAGCUCCAUUCACUCCGAUUGCAUGAUCAUGUCCCCCAUGGUGCUACCUUCCACUGCCCCUGCCGACCACCUUUCCAGCAGCACCUUUCCCAGAAUGCACUACAGUUCACAGUACUACGACCCAGCUGCCCGGGAAGACUGUGCAGUCAUCACCACCUCAGCCACAUCUGCCGCCACCGCUGCUGCAACAUCUGCCUCUUACCACGGCAGCAGCAAGAGCAACCGCAUCCCCGCAAACCUGCUGGACCAGUUCGAAAAGCAGAUUCCGCUUCAUCGCGACGGCUUCCAUACGCUGCAGUACCAACGCACAUCCGCCGGCACUGGAGGGGAACAGCGCAGCGAGAGCCCCGGUCGUAUACGACACCUGGUGCACUCUGUCCAGAAGCUCUUCACCAAGUCCCACUCACUGGAGGGAUCGUCCAAGAUGAAUGGCACUAAAGGUGACAGUGGAGGUGGGGGAAGCCAUCACCAUCACCACGGCAAUCAUCACUCAUCCAAGCAUGGCAGCAAGCGCAGUAAAAGCAAGGAGCGCAGGCAACGGUCGGGAACGGGGGGCUGGUGGAGCUCGGAUGACAACCUAGACAGCGACAGCACCUACCGCACAGCCAGCGCUUUGAGCCGCCACCAUCACGAACACGUCGGUCACAGUUUCCCAGAAUCCAUGCACGGUCACUUUGGAGACCACUCGCUCAAAACCUCCAAAAGCAACAACGACGUCAAGUGUUCGGCCUGCGAAUCCAUGGCACCUGAGGGAAAGUUCAUGAAGAGGAGUUCCUGGUCAACACUUACCGUCAGUCAGGCCAAAGAGGCCUAUCGAAAGUCCUCCCUUAACCUGGAGAAGCCCAUGAUGCAUCAGGACUUUAAACCAUCAUUCCGGUCUUCACACUACCUACAGGUGCCUCAGGAUGAGUGGGGAGGUUAUCCAGGGGAGGAGGAGAUUCCAUGCCGCCGGAUGCGGAGCAGUAGUUACGUCAAAGCCAUGGGAGAUGAGGAUAGCGGUGAGUCUGAUACCAGCCCCAAGACGUCACCUCAGAAGACUGUGCGGUCCGAUGCCCUUGUCCUCAAAUCAGCCUUGCAGAGGCCACAUAUAGACACCCAAAGCUCGGGCUACCACUUGCAAACAGCGAGAGAUAUGCGCCCUCACCCCAGCGUGUCUCUGGACCCAGCAACCAACUUCAACCCUCCACAGUUUCGCUCCAGAAACCAGAGCUACAUGCGUGCAGUCAGUACCUUCAGUCAGGCGAGCUGUGUCAGCCAGGUGAGUGAGACUGAGGUCAAUGGCCAGUUUGAGUCAGUUUGCGAGUCCGUUUUUAGCGAAGUAGAAUCCCAGGCCGUGGAGGCCUUGGACCUGCCCGGCUCUUUCCGCACUCGAAGCCACAGUUACCUGCGUGCAAUUCAGGCUGGGUAUUCCCAAGAUGACGACUGCUUGCCUUCAAUGACAUCUUCUACUGUCACUUCAACUCUCAGAUCCACAACAGGGGCCCGUAGCUUAGCUGGGGGGCGUAGAAUGUACGGGAUCCAGUUUCGUCUCCCGACUGCCUGUAGUGUGGAUCGAACAGAAGCCCCCACUCCAGCGGUAGUGACAUAUACACCUGGCUACAAGAAGACUCCUCCACCUGUUCCUCCUCGUUCCACCACUAAGCCGGUGAUUUCCGUAACAGCCCAAAGCAGCACAGAGUCGACGCAGGACGCGUACCACGAGGGUCGGCUGCCACGCGUCGGACGGGUUAUCUACAACUCCACCGACAGUCUGGACAGCGCUAAAGCGGUGACCCUAGCAAUGGAGACGGCUUCCAAGCGCCUCACGUCUGCAGGGAGCUACAGCUCCGUUCAAACCUGCGAUAAGGCCAUCCUGGUGUCCAAAGCAGAGGAAUACCUCAAGACUCCACGCUCUUCCAUCGGGAUUCAGGUGGAAGCGGCCACAGAUUCUGAGACAGAUAGUAAAGGUCUCCCGCAGUAUCAGUCCGUGGGUAUCCAGGUAGAGGAUGAGAGGAGACUUGGGCGCUUUAAACGGUCCAACAGUGUGACGACGGCAGUUCAGGCUGAUUUGGAGCUGGAGGGGUUUCCAUCGACCGAAGACAAGAGUCUGCAGUUUGGAGGAUUUCAGCGGCAUUCUGAACCCAGUACGCCCACACAAUACAACGUGGUUCGGACCGUACGCACACAGGGCCUCUUCAGCUACCGUGAGGACUACAGGCCCUCCAGCGGGCCGCCCAGCCCACAGCCCGAACCCUGGCUGGUCGAACCCGCUCAUGAAACAGCCGAAUCCGGACGCGUGUCGCCGCUCCGCCGCGAUGGCAGCUGGUUCAUGCAGCUUCUGCACAGCGAGACCAAACGCUUGGAGGGAUGGUGCAAAGACAUGGAGCGCGAGGCGGAGGAGCACGACUUGUCGGAGGAGAUUCUUGGAAAGAUCCGGAGUGCUGUGGGCAGCGCUCACCUCCUCAUGUCCCAGAAAUUCCAGCAGUUUUACUGGUUGUGUCAGCAAAAUCUGGACCCCAGCGCUAUGCCCCGCCCCACGGCUCAGGACCUGGCUGGGUUUUGGGAUCUCCUGCAGCUCUCCAUCGAUGAUGUCACUGCCAAGUUUGAUGAGCUGCAGCAAAUCAAGAGCAACGAGUGGAGGAUAGUGGAGAGUCCGGAGAAGAAGGAAAGAAAAUGGCCACCUCCUGUUACAAAGAGGCCUCCUAAAGGUCGCGGAGCUGUUAUGCGUGAGCGCUCCUUGGAUCUGCAGGACCGACAGAGGCAAGAGGCCCGCCGCAGGCUAUUGGCUGCUAAACGGGCUGCAUCUUUCCGUCAGAACUCAGCUACAGAGCGGGCCGACAGCAUAGAGAUCUACAUCCCUGAAGCCCAAACCCGUUUAUGAAACACACAUAUGCU